UUCUUCGGUAAAGCCGGCACAAAAAAAAAAAAAACACUUUAAACUGGAACUUAUUGAAUAUAAAAGGCUUCUAGUGCAACAUCUGCUCAGGUGGAAGCCCUUUAAUCGAAGGCCUGUAGACAGCAGCGUUAAUGGUGAACGCACCAGAGAAACUUUAAGUUUGAAAUCUCCUUUUUGAAACAAAGCAUCAAUCAGUUCUCAAGAAUGAUUUUAUUUUAUGCCGCUUUUGAGGGGAUGUUUUGUUUGUGUCUCACAAAGAACACAUAUGCGAAUAAACCUUUUUUUUUAAAAUCCACAAUGAAAAGUCAAACUGAUCAGCAGAUUACCCAGCUGACCGGAGAAACCCAUCCACUUGUCCAUUAUGGUUCCAUUCUUCACGUGAAUUCAGCCAGGCUACUGCAGAGCCAUUGAUAACGCAUUGUCAGUGACAAACUGGUGAAGCCCUGAGCUCACACUGGAUUUAAUUGACUGUUCAUUGCUGGAUAAACGCCUCUCGGAAUAUCAAGGAGACGCGUUUAAAAAGGGGUCAAAAACGCAUUGAACCCAGUGAAUGAAGCUCUCAGGCUGUGCACCGUUCCCCUCCACACCUUAUGAACGCACCUCUGAGGAGYUGCUGAGGAUGGAGACAACUUGGAGCAACUUCCCCCACCUCACCUCAGGCGCAGCGCAAGUUGCGCAAUCUUAUUCCAGUUGCGGAAAAUUAUAUUAAAAAAAAAAAAGAUCCCAUCAGAUAAAGAAGCAAAAAAAUAUAAAGUCCCACUGACGGAGCGCACGGAUUAUAUUUAUGAUCACUCCUCCUACAAAAAAAAAAUAAAAGCAAAACAAAAGAUUAGAAAUAAAAACGUCCAUGAAAUAAUCCUCGCUGCAACAGCAAAGCGCAGCUGAACACAACUGAGGAGGGUCCAGUUCAGGGGGGGAAACCCUUUUGACUCGAAUUAAGAGAAGGCUGUAUUGGGAGGAGGGGGGGGUGUAAAAAAAAAAAGAAAAGGGGGAGGAGGAUGGCAGGGAAGAAAGUGGUGGUGGUGCCAGACGCAGCGGCACUAAGAAGCGUACGUACGUGCUUUCUGUUCGCGGCUGAGUGUGACGUGAUGUUGCAGCCUCGCUCCUGGAGCUCUGCGAGCACCCAGCAAAGCGCGUCGAUUUCUCUGUCCGUGCUGUAACUCACAAGCCCCCCAGCAUCUCACAUCACUGAAGGGUCUCUGUUUUUUUUUUCUUCUUCUUUAUUCUUCCUCUCUUUUUCCCCCCCUCCGCCGCCCCAGACGCGAGGAGAAACUACAGGAGAAAUCAUUUGGAAAUAAAUAGAGACGCGCCGAUCUCAUUGAUGGCAACCCCGUAAAAAAGAAUUUGCUCGCUUCUUUCUCAUCACUCCAAGAAUUUCUCUCUUGGUAUUUUCUCCUGCUGUCGGUGGGGCUGUUGUUGCGCUCGGGUUUGAUGGGAGAAACCCAGAGGAGGAGGAAGACGAGGACGGGGAGGAUAUGAGCGCGCUGACCGGAGUGUAACGCAUUUUUUUUUUCUGUUUUAUUUCCCCAUCCGCUGAAGCAUCUUGUUGCGCCGGACUUGUGUCGUCGGGAAUGGGGAGUAUUGAUUCACUGAAGGGCUGCAGAAUUUAUUUAUGAAGGAUCAUGUGGGCAAUGUUGGAAAAAUAGCCAUAGCUUCCGCAGUGUAAGGCCAAAUGACAUAGGAUGAAGGCUGUUCGAAACCUGUUGAUUUAUAUAUUUUCCACCUAUCUUCUGGUUAUGUUUGGAUUAACUGGUGCCCAAGAUUAUUGGUGUUCCUCUCUGGUCAAGGGGGUCAUUUAUGGAUCGUAUUCGGUGACUGAAAUGUUUCCCAAGAACUACACGAACUGCACGUGGACGUUGGAGAACCCAGACCCAACCAAAUACAGCAUCUACCUUAAGCUAUACAAGCGAGACUUGAGCUGCUCUGAAUACUCUUUGCUUGCUUAUCAGUUCGAUCAUUACUCACACGAGAAGAUCAACGAGUUGCUAAAAGUGAACGAGUCUAUAGUUUAUCUGUGCGAUUCAAAGAAUAAUUACGUAUUUUUGCUGUACGACAAGAAUUUCGUUCAACUGAGGAGAGUUUUCCCGUAUGAUUACAACGGAUUGACGCCGCAGAAGCUGGAUGAGGAGGAGAAGUCUGUUGUGGAUUUCUUGGUGUUCAAUAAGGCGAGCCCUAGCCAGUUUGGGUGUCAAGUGCUUUGCACGUGGCUGGAAAACUGCCUGAAACUAGAGAAAGGGACAGUGGAGACGUGUGGGAUUGUGUACAGCAAAUGCACAUGUCCUCAGCAUUUAGGCGAUGGAGAAUCAGAUAGCAUGCUCACGCUCAAUAACGUGGUUUUACCUUUAAAUCCACAAACGGAGGGCUGCUUGGCGCCUCAGCUACAAGCUGGACAAAUCUGCAAUCUGAGUGCAGAAGUGAAACGGCCUCCCAAAGAAGAAUAUGGAAUGAUCGGAGAGCAUACAGUAAAAAGUCAGCGGCCAAGAUCAGUUCAUGACACAAAGGCCCUGCAGGAGCAAGCUGAAUCCGCUAAAUUUAUGGCACAAACUGGUGAAUCAGGUGCAGAGGAGUGGUCCCAGUGGAGCUCAUGCUCUGUAACAUGCGGUCAAGGGUCGCAGGUGCGAACAAGAACAUGUGUCUCACCGUACGGAACACACUGCAGCGGCCCUUUAAGAGAAUCAAGGGUUUGCAAUAACACUGCCCCUUGUCCAGUACACGGUGUAUGGGAGGAGUGGUCACCGUGGAGCCUGUGCUCAUUCACGUGUGGCCGUGGCCACCGCACUAGGACUAGGAUGUGUGCUCCUCCCCAGCAUGGAGGCAGGGCCUGUGAUGGACCCGAGACCCAGACUAAGCUUUGCAACAUAGCCCUAUGCCCAGUGGACGGACAGUGGCAAGAGUGGAGCUCUUGGAGCGAUUGCUCAGUGACCUGUGCCAAUGGCACUCAGCAGAGGACCAGGCAGUGCUCAGCAGCCGCCCAUGGGGGAUCUGAGUGUCGCGGUCACUGGGCAGAAAGCAGAGAGUGCCAUAACCCUGACUGUACAGCUAAUGGCCAGUGGAACCCUUGGGGUCCGUGGAGCGGCUGCUCAAAGUCCUGCGAUGGUGGAUGGCAGAGACGAGCCCGAGUGUGUCAGGGGGCAGCGGUGACCGGACAACAGUGUGACGGAUCCGGCGAAGAAGUCCGAAAGUGCAGUGACCAACGCUGCCCAGCACCGUAUGAGAUUUGUCCYGAGGACUAUGCAAUGUCAAUGGUUUGGAGACGGACCCCUUCGGGGGAACUUGCCUUUAACAGAUGCCCACCCAAUGCCACAGGCACCACUAGUCGACGCUGCUCUUUGGAUCACCGCGGCAUGGCCUUCUGGGAGCAGCCCAGCUACGCUCGAUGCAUAACCAACGAAUUCAGAUACUUGCAGCAAUCAGUUCAGGGCCAUCUUGCCAAGGGUCAGAGGAUGCUGGCGGGGGAUGGGAUGUCCCAGGUCACCAAAAACCUGCUGGACCUGACCCAGAGGAGGAACUUCUAUGCCGGCGACCUGCUGUCUUCGGUGGAAAUCCUUCGCAACGUGACCGAGACCUUCAAGCGGGCGAGCUACGAGCCGUCAUCAGAUGACGUGCAAAACUUUUUUCAAAUCAUCAGCAACCUCUUGGAGGAGGAAAAUAAGGAGAAAUGGGAAGAUGCACAAAAGUGGCCAGCAUCCAGAGACUUCCUGCUGUGUCCGUGAUGACUGACAUCAACUUCCCCAUGAAAGGUCGUAAAGGCAUGGUUGACUGGGCCAGGAACUCGGAAGAUAAAGUGGUCAUUCCAAAGGGCCUCUUUGUUUCCCAGUCAGCAGGUAUAUCACUGAGCAUGUCCAGUAUAUCACAGAACCACAUCAGCUCCUGCUCAAUGCUUACUGCCUGCAAGAGGCAGAGCUCCACAAACUGUCUUCAUCACUGGUUGGCCCCCAGCUUGAAAUCGUGCGACUGGCUCCAAAGUCCCUCCAGGAUUUACAAAUAUUGCUUCCACAUCGAUGAAACGACAAAGCAGGAUUACCUCUCGCAGCCCUGCUCGCACAGAUCAACACAUGGCUCCUUGUUGCUUUUGCUUAUUUUAUUCCACCCCCCCUGGUUCUGGCACACCAGCAGAGCGGAGCAGAGUAUCAAUCUGAUGCUGUCCACCGUUUCCAGGGUGAAAACCCUCCAAGGAAGCGUUCAAAAGCUGCUAAUCCAAAUAGUUGGUGAGAAAGAGAAGGAAAAAAAGACAAGAGAGAAAGAAGCGCAGGGGAAAAUAAAAACGGGGACCUUUCAGAAGAAGAAGAAAAAAAACUCGAGUUGGAUACAAAAAUCCCCCCACAGGAACGACUCUUGGGGCGCCUGGUCCACGAAAGGAUGCAAAACGGUGCUCACAGAUGCCUCCCAUACGAAAUGCUUGUGUGAUCGCGUAUCUACCUUCGCCAUUUUGGCUCAGCAACCAAGAGGAAUAACCAUGGACUACUCAGGGGUCCCAUCUGUGACAUUGAUAGUUGGCUGUGGUUUGUCUUGCCUCGCCCUGAUCACACUGGCUGUGAUCUACGCUGUGCUAUGGAGAUAUAUUCGCUCUGAAAGAUCCAUCAUCCUGCUGAACUUCUGCUUAUCUAUAGUUUGCUCCAACAUAUUGAUCCUCGUUGGACAAACACAGACUCACAAUGUGGGUGUGUGCAUCAUGACAACAGCUUUCCUGCACUUCUUCUUCCUCGCAUCUUUCUGCUGGGUCCUCACAGAGGCCUGGCAGUCCUACAUGGCGGUAACAGGAAAGGUUCGGACCAGACUCAUCCGCAAGCGCUUUCUCUGUCUGGGCUGGGGAUUACCAGCUUUAGUCGUUGCAGUUUCAAUGGGAUUCACCAAAACAAAAGGCUAUGGGACACCUUUAUACUGUUGGCUCUCUUUAGAGGGUGGGCUCCUGUACGCCUUUGUUGGACCUGCAGCAGCUGUUGUUUUGGUUAACAUGGUGAUUGGCAUUUUAGUGUUUAAUAAACUCGUGUCCAGAGAUGGAAUCCUGGACAAGAAGAUGAAGCAUCGAGCAGGACAGAUGAGCGAGCCGCAUACCGGAUUAACUCUCAAGUGUGCCAAAUGCGGUGUUGUAUCAACAACUGCUUUAUCAGCAACUACAGCCAGCAACGCAAUGGCGUCCUUGUGGAGCUCAUGUGUCGUCCUACCUCUGCUGGCUUUGACCUGGAUGUCUGCAGUGCUGGCCAUGACAGACAAACGCUCCAUCCUCUUUCAGAUCCUCUUCGCCGUCUUUGACUCCUUGCAGGGUUUCGUCAUCGUGAUGGUGCACUGCAUCCUACGGCGAGAGGUUCAAGAUGCGUUCAGAUGUCGGCUGAGAAACUGCCAAGAUCCGAUCAGUGGUGAUGCAACAGGAACCUUCCCUAAUGGGCAUGCUCAGAUAAUGACAGAUUUUGAGAAAGAUGUGGACAUCGCCUGCCGAUCAGCUCUCCACAAAGACAUGGGCUCUUGUCGCGCCGCCACCAUAACCGGAACCCUCUCCCGUAUUUCCCUCAAUGACGAGGAGGACGAGAAGGCGCCCGAGGGCCUCAACUACUCCACGUUGCCCGGCAACAUCAUCUCCAAAGUGAUCAUCCAGCAGCCUUCAGCCCUGCACAUGCCCAUGGGACUGGGCGAGCUCAAAGACCAGUGCUUGUCGGACAGCGGCGCCGACAUGCGCCGCGCCGUCUACCUGUGCACCGACGACGCCCUGCGCCAGAGCGACCACGACAUGGGCGCCCACGACAUGGACGGCCAUCCGGGGCAGGGCRCGAUGAUGGAGACGGACUACAUCGUCAUGCCCCGCGCCUCCGUGGGCGCCGUGUCGGGGUCGGCCACGUUGCCCACCCUCAUCAAGGAGGAGACCAAGCUGACCACGGGGAUGGAGACACUGCCGCACGAGAGGCUAAAGCACUACAAGAUCAGCCCCGACUACAGUAUCGGCUCGAUGGGCAUGGACCACAUGAAUGUGAACCUGGAGCAACAGUACCCCAGUGCUCCAGAGCAAAUGCAAAACCUGCCCUUUGAACCCCGUACUGCUGUUAAGAACUUCCUUGCUGAGAUGGAAGAAACCGGGGGUCUUUCUAGGAGCGACACUGGAUCUACAAUAUCUAUGAGCUCCCUAGAGAGAAGAAAGUCGAGAUAUUCUGAUUUGGACUUUGAGAAAGUCAUGCACACCAGGAAAAGACACAUGGAGCUGUUCCAGGAACUGAAUCAGAAAUUUCAAACCCUGGAUCGAUUUCGAGACAUACCAAAUAUGGGCACCAUGGACAAGGCAAUGCCAAAACAGAACCCAUGGGAGAGCUACAAUCCAGCCUGUGAGUACCAGAACUACGCCACUAUGAAUGUACUAGAAUCUGACACCAAGGACUCACUGGAGAUGACGCCCGCAGAGUGGGAGAAGUGUGUCAACUUACCCUUGGAUGUACAGGAGGGAGACUUCCAAACAGAAGUCUAGACGGAGCAGAAGGAGGGACAAAAAAAUGCAAACUCGGAGAGGAGGAAAAGGGAUGUAUUUUGCACUGAAUAAAGCAACAGACUUUUCUAACAGCCUUGGCAAACAUAUCUGGAUCUUACGAGUGUGGCAGGGACAUUAUGUGCCAAUACAAUAUAAGGACUGGUGAGAGAGACAGAGAGAGAGAGAGUGAGAGAGAGAGAUGGAAAAAAAAGAGAAAAUAAAGGGAUAAAAACAUCAGUGUUACUUUUUGUAUUCUCACUAGUGUACUUAGUGUGGGGCAGCCUGGUGUACAAUAUUUACCAUCAUGUGUUUCAAAUUAUCCGUCGAGAAAUUGGCUUAAAAAAAAAACAGAAAAAACUGUAAACUCUCUAGAUGAAACCUCACAAAGCAAAUGACAUUUCAGGCCAUGUCGUCCCAGCUUCAUCGAGUCCAGUUUUGAUUUCCAAAAAACUGGACCCGGGAGCACAAUGUAUAUACUUAUGCAGUUUUUAAAAGUUUAUAACAGUCUGUUUGGCCAUUACUACACUUUUUACUUUAUAAUACAAAACAUGGGAGGCAAAGAGGAUUUUUUCCUGUCAUAUUAAAAUGAAUGUUUGUCAAGCUACAUUCUUCAUUGCUUUAAAUGCAAUAAAGAUAAUACUCACUUUUAUAUAAAUAAUAUAUUUCACAACUUUAAUACUGCAGAAUCUGCUUGAAGGAUCCCGGCAAGCUCUCUCAUCUGCAGCUCUGUAUAAAAUAUUUAAAAACAAAAUGUUGUAUGGUGUAAAUAAACUUUUGUCUACAUAUGUUUUACUUGUGCCAAUUUAUUUUAAUGAGAAAAAAAAUGCCAACCUGACCAGAAAUUAUAGCGAAAAAUGUUAACAUUUGAAAAGGAAUGUAAAUAAAAGAGGAAAUAUGUUCGUACUG